ACCGGCCAGUAGUGCCAAGUAACCAUUCCACCAAACGUGUACCUACAACCCCAGGAUUUCCUCUCCGCAAAGCUCUGCCGCCCACCUGCAACCCCCAAGGAUUUCCACAAGCCUCCAGGAUCACCGUCCGAAUUUUCCCGCCGAUGAGAAAGCUCGCGCAGUGAGAAACGCAAGGCUGCACCGAUUUUCUCCGAGUUCGGAUCGGCGUCAAAGGCGAAAGCAUGGAGCAGUUCGAGCAGCUGCUAACGUGCGCGAUAUGCCUGGACCGGUACAGAAAUCCAAAGCUGCUGCCAUGCCAGCACAGUUUUUGCAUGGAACCCUGCAUGGAUGGGCUGGUCGACUACGUUCGCCGACAGGUGAAAUGCCCGGAGUGCCGAGCAGAGCAUCGCAUCCCUUACCAGGGUGUUCAAGCCUUCCCCACGAACGUGACGCUCCAGCGAUUUCUCGAGCUGCACAUCGAGAUUACAGGCGAACUUCCGGAUCCAACGAGUGGUCAAACGAUGGAAAGAUGCGGUGUCUGUUCCGAGAAAAGUUACUGCUCUCAUUGCGUUCACUGCGAUAAAAAAUGCUGCUCCGAAUGCAAGGACGCCCACAUGGACAUCUUGAGGCGUGAAAUAACUCGCAUUAACUCACAGGUGCGGAGGGGCCUGCAUAGACUCCAGGACGCCCUGGCCCUCGUCGAGAAGAACACCCUUGGUCUCCAGACAAACUGCACAUCCGUUUCGGAGGAGAUAGACGAGUUCUAUCGACGUCUCACCAAGGCGCUAAAGGACCGCACCGACUACCUGAGAAACGAGGUGGACCGCUACCUGGGCACAGAGCUCAGAGGGCUCGUCCACCUCAAGGAGAAUCUCGAGCUUGAAAUUGCGAACAUUCAGAGCAAUUGCGACCUCGCUGAUGCCCACAUAAACGAAAACGUCCCGUGGGAUGACGCUGAGCUGCUUGACACCAAGGAACUCUUUCUACGCACUGUCGAGUUCAUCAGAAACUUCGAGUAUGAAGCAGGAGACUACAGCCGAAGAGUGCGCUUCAUGCUGCCUCACGAACCAAACCAGAUGGUUUUGCACCUCGCCGGUUACGGAGAAUUGAACAUCAAGCCUGAGACCGGAAGCGGCAACAUGCUGGGAGGAUCCGGAGGCCUUGCGCCUCCUGGAGGACCUCAGGGUCUGAUGAGGAGUAAAAGCGACCAUCGCCUCGCCUCCCAGUAUCGCCAACAAGAGGAUGACCGCUCCACGAGAAACCGCUACGUUCCCGAUUACGAGUACGAAACGCCAGACUACGAGCCACCCCGAAACAAAUCUCGGUACAGGAGUCGAUUCAUGCGUCAACGAGACGGAGAGGAUUCCGACGGAGAUUCGAGGGCCGUCAGGUUCACCGGAUCGCAACCGGAUUCGACGACGGGGGCAGUGCCAACCCGAGAGAAGGUCCUGGACACGGAAGAUGCUGGAAAAGGACCACUGUCGGGUAUUUUCCGGCUUACAGACUCGCCCCGUGUAAUGCUCAAGCUGCAGGAAUGCGAGCGCGUUGGGAAGAAGAAGAAGGAAGAAGUUCCCGCCGCCGCGCAACCCGCGCAGCCUCCGAAACCUCAGGUCCAAGUGAGGAAGGCGCCACCCGCUGCUGCCGCAAGGCAAGUAAGCGAGGACGACGAGAUAUCGAGGAUCAAAAAGCAGAACAAAAACGCACCGUCUUCGUCGGAAACGGCUUUGGAAGAAGCCCAUCCGCCUAUUUCCAUCAACGUUCCGACAACACCUCACUCGAGGGAACCGGUGGAACGCGAACCUGAGGAACCGCUUAGGAGAACUUCGGCUGCUAGAAGAACGUCAGCGCAGGAUGCGCAUCCGCCCGCAACUCGAAGCGCUUCCUCCGACUCGAGCACCGGUUCAGAAAGCUCGACGGGUUCCGGUAUCCGAAGCACAGGUGCUCCGUUUACAGCAGAAGAGAUGAAGCAGAAGUACUUGUCUCGAGCACCUGCGACUGGAACGACGACGACUGUAUCGGCAUCGGCAAAUCCGCCGGUGAACAGCCCCCGAGAGGCGGCGGCUCCGACGAUGACAACGACGACGACGACAACGCCGCAGAGACCGUUUCAGAGUCGUUUUUUAGGCGGAGGUAACCGUGCCGCUCCGGCACCGCCACCUCCGAGGGAAGAACCGGCAAAGAAAGAGGAGGAGGAGGAAGAGGAGACGACGAGCUCCUCCGAGGAGACUGACUCUGAAACGGAGGAGGAAUCUGAGACGGAAAAUCCAUCGACACCCACCCAGAGCUCGGCACCAUCCUCCAGUCAGAAGACCCCCGGUGAAUCAGCCAUGGCGAGGACCGACAUCGGCCCUCUUCUGGCUCGCAGUGCUGAAGCCCGACGAGGAAGCAAGGAGGAAUCGCCUUCCACCAGGUACACGUCGUCAAGGGGAAGUCCCGCCCAAUCAACAACGACAACAUCAUCGUCGACGCCGACCUCGAGCGCGACCUCUGGCGGCUACACCAGCAGGUUCGUAGCAAACGAUGACAUUCACCACUUCAAUUAUUGUACCAAUAACACCCUCGACGAUAUCGUUGAAUGCGAGCCCGACGAGGUAGGCGACGACUCGCCGCCCUCAAUUAACGACGGCGAUAAAUCGAACUCAGAUAAUAAUAAUGUUACUACUACAUACGUAAACAGUUCGCUAGUAAACGUUAGUGAAAAUAAAUCGAGUGGCGAAAACGAGGAACAGCAGCUGGCGAUCGCAGCCGCGGCACGAUUAAGUAACGGCCUCGAAACGGUCCCAACCGAUCCGAUCGCGUCCUCGAUCGGUUCCUCUUCCCCCGUGAUUAGAGGCGCUGCCGUCGCUUCGCCCGACCCGAAGAGUCGCCUCGUUCGCCGCGACACCGUCGGUGAAAACGAGUUCGACUCGAACGGAUGGCGCGUGGAUUCCCCGGAGCCAAAAAACCGCCCCCCUAUUUCCGACGCGAGUGACGUCACGCCGACGAACGCCGAAGACGAGAAAGCUUCGUCCGAUCGGCACCAAGGACGAGCGAUCGCUUUCAAGAAGCGUGAAAAGUCACCAACCCUGGGUAGCAAUGGAUGGCUGAUCGACAGCUCCGACGCCGAGGAAGUCAACGUGAAUUCCCGCGACCCGGAACCGACCUCAGAAGUUUGGAGGAAGAGCACGGAGUCCGAAGGCAACGAUUCGCGAGAUUCGGGGGGCGAAGAAUCCGCCGAGAAGAGUGAACCGGAAGUCGAGGAGCUAGACGAUGCCUUGGGAAAAGGGGAGAACGAUGACAAGAAUAACAACAACAGCAACAACAAUAACAAGGCGGACAACGUGUCGAUGAUGAACGAACGAAACGAUCCCGAAGACGACGAGGAGGAAGAGAACCGAUUGACGUCGAGCGAAAGUUCGUCGGAUGAGGAGGGAUCGACGAACUCGGUCGUAAACUCCGAGGGUAAUGUCGCAGCCGGAGUAGCGCCGAUUGACGCGAAGAUCGAAGUUGGUCCGAGUGAUUAUGUGGUUUUGGAAAAUGUGAAAGGGGACUUGAAAAUGAGGGACGAUGAAGAGCUAGAUAACAGUGACGGGAGUACGAAAGACUCGAGCGCAGGAGAUAAAUUGGCGUCUGUAGGGGAAAAAGAAUGUUGCGAAAUUGAGGAAACGUUAGAGACUGAAUUAUCGACGGUCGAUAAGAGCCACGAUAAGAAUGACGAGGCUGACGAGUCGACGGCCGGCAAAUGCGGCUCUAAUGAUAACGAUAACGAGGGCGUAACGAAGAUCGCUAAAUAUCGUUAUGGGGAAAAUGCGCCCGAAUCGAACGAUGCCGGGGCCGAUGGCGGCGAGUUAUUGAUAGGCGCAGCAGCUGUCGUAAAAAACGAUUCCUUGAAACCGAACGUUCAAACUUCGGGGGCAAACCAAUCCGUUAAGUCUGACAAAAGUGACGAAAGUCUAGACCUAGGUUCCUCAACAAGAGCAGAAGCCAGGCGGCCGUGGCGGCAGCGCGUGAACCGGAUCCGGAGCCCGAGCCCCUCUCGACGAUGUCGCGUUACGCGGCCCUCAAGGAACGCAGACAGCGUUUGGCGCGCUCGAGAAGCUCCCACAACUUCGGGGGCGACGACCUGGACCUGGACGACGACCCGCCCUCGCCCACAACCCAGUCGCCCAACGCCUACCUGGCGGCCAAGUACGGGGUCGGUAGCGAGCUGGCGCGGAGUCGCAGCACGCACGCCCUCAAGUCCAGGGAACCGAGUCCCGACCGGGAUCACAGGGACCGGGAUCGGGAUCGGGACCGCGACCGCGGAGCCACGGAGAAGGACGGCGCUGCCCUUAGUUCCUGGGCUCGCUACCUCAAGAACAAGUACGGAAAUCGCACCACCAAGGACAAGGAACCACCUUCCGCCUCUGCAGCGGCCGCCUCUUCGAGUGCGAGUGCCGCCUCGCGAAGGCUUUCGCUAGGGUUGCCACUUAGACACACCGGCCAGACCUCAUUCGAAUCUUCUGACGACGACCAAAAAAACCCGUCAGGCUCCCCCACAUCCCCUACAGCAGCUCCCGCUAUUCACGCGGCAGCAGGUUCCUCCACUAG